CCAGUGCCGUGUCAGUGUCGUACCGAUCGUUCCCGUGGCAAGUAGCGUGUUUUUUAUUUCAUCACAGUUUCAUCGCUAUUCGUUUGCAAUGGCUGGUGCAGGUAGCAGGGCAGGUGAAGGUGGUCAAUAUUUUCUAGUCUGCUUGAUUGAUGCACUCUUAAUUGGAGCCACUCGUGGCAGCCCCUUACCCGAGCGGCAGGAUGUGGAAGGAAGCAUGGAUACCGAUCGAGUGAGCAGUUUGGCCGCAACGACUCCUACAGAAGGUAGCACCAGUACCACCACCACCACCGAGUAUCCGUACGCAGCGAUAGCCAAGCUUUACGCUAAACCUCGCGACAAGGUAGGAACGUUAGCGUACUCGUCCGGUGUGCACAAGUUCCGGAUCGGACCUGGGGAGGAUGAGCAGAAGCGUCUACUCGAGGAGUAUCACUAUCAUUUCGAAAGGGUGGAAAAGAAUCUACCGCCGACGACGGAGCGAUACAAUUUUGCACCACCGAAUAAAUAUUAGACUGCUGUAACAGUGCCACCGAAAAAAAAGAAAUUGAAAUAUAUGGCCUAUUGAAGGUGAUCGAAAGAAUGAAA